AUGGCGACCGCAGUUGCGCCCUCUACUUGCUGCGGCAGGAGUAACGGCCUAUGUGUUUGCGCCAAGGAGGCCACGUGCUCUUGUGGCAAGCAAUCCGCCCUCCACUGUUCUUGCGAGAGAGCCCAGUCGGAGAACGAAGUUGACGGACCACGCUGCUCCUGCCGAGCCCGUCCCGCCGGCAAAUGCACCUGUGAUCGAGCUGGUUCCGAGAACACAAAGCUUACUGGCAACACCUGCUCGUGCGGCUCUCGUCCUGCUGGUGCAUGUACCUGCGAGAAGGCGGUGGACGGCAAAUUCAACCCAUCCGAACACGAGACGGAUUUCACGACCAGCAAAUAA